UGCACUAUGCUUCCUGUGUCUCUUGUGAGAGUGCAGUAUUUCUUUAAUACAUUCGCAAUCGGCGCUCCAUAUUGACCUCCAACGCCUGAGCAUGCAUAAACUCCGGUAGUAGUGUGUUACACACAGAUCUACACGCAUGGAGAAAUGGAGAUUUGUCUCUUCUCGAGGAAAAUAUGUGCUAAAACCACAUCGUAGAGAUGGGAAUGUCAGAAAUACUUCGAUUCCACUGGGCAGACUAUAUACUUUUUGUGAUAGUGCUAAUUGUGAGCGCUGCGAUUGGAGUUUAUUAUGGAUUUACGGGACUGCGACAGAAAACCACUUCAGAGUUUUUUCUGGGGGGUCGAAACAUGCCCUUUUUUCCUGUGACUAUUUCCAUCCUGGCCAGCUUCAUCUCUGCUGUGUCGAUUCUUGGGACCCCAGCUGAGAUUUACACAUUUGGAAUAAUCUACGUUUUACUGAGUCUGUCUUAUUUCGUCGCCUUCCCGGUCUCCGUACACAUCUAUCUGCCCAUGUUCCACAAGUUGAACUUGACGAGUUGUCAUGAGUACCUCGAGUUGCGGUUCAAUGCUCUAAUACGCAUAUUAGUCUCAAUCUUAUUUAUCAUCCAAAUGCUGAUGUACAUGGCCGUGGUGAUCUAUGCUCCAGCAUUAGCGUUUAGUCAAGUGAGUGGUCUCGCAACUUGGAUCUCCAUACUCUCCAUUGGUAUUGUCUGCACAUUUUACACUUCACUGGGCGGUAUGAAGGCAGUGAUGUGGACGGAUGUCUUCCAGAUGUUUGUAGUCUAUGCAGGCUUGCUCACUGUCAUUAUCCAGGGUACAAUAGCUGUUGGUGGUGCUGAUAAGGUGUGGGCCAGGGCCAAGGAGGGUAGCAGAUUAAAAAUAUUAGACUAUGAUGCCGAUCCGUUGAAACGUCACUCCUUCUGGACUCUCUUCAUUGGCGGCUCUUUCACAUGUCUUACCAUCUACGGCUCAAAUCAAGCCAUGGUACAGCGAUACCUCUCCAUGAAGAAACUCAGAGACGCACAAAAAGCUCUGUACUUUGCUCUUGGCACCACAUUCCUCUUCUUCAUCAUGCUGAACGUGACAGGCCUGGUGAUGUACGCGUAUUACCAUAACUGUGACCCCAAGCUGGCUGGCCUCGUCACCAGAGGAGAUCAGAUUCUUCCUCAUCUCGUCCUUGAGAUUUUCCACAAGCUGCCCGGCAUCGCUGGUUUGUUCAUGGCCUGUGUUUUCAGCGCGGCACUCAGCACCGUUUCAUCUGGUCUCAAUUCCCUGGCGACAGUCGUCCUCGAAGAUUUGGUCAAACCCAUCUACAGAUUCAGGAAGAGACAAAACUUGGAUGAAACAACAGCUACCAUCAUUUCAAAAAUAUUAGCGAUUACCCUUGGUGUCGUGAUCAUCGCGCUAGCGUUCCUGUCGAUAGUGAUGCCCUCCACUCUAGUCCAGAUAGCCAUGAGUAUCUUUGGGAUGCUUGGCGGUCCCAUUUUAGCCAUAUUUACCGUCGGGAUGUUUCUACCGUUUGUAAAUUCUUGGGGUGCUACAGCUGGUCUUCUGUGCAGCACAGUCAUCUCUCUCUGGUUGGGGAUUGGUGCCGUCAUCUACAGUCAUCCAUUACCGUCAUUGCCCGUAACAACCAAGGGAUGUAACCAAUCAGACAUCACCAUCAUCACUAACGGCGAUAUGCUCAACCUGAGCACUGCAGCUUACAUUCCUGCCACCACCACAUCAUCCAUCACUGCCAAUGCACGUAUUUAUAGCAGAAGAUAUCACCAAGGGUUUGAAUUCAUCGACAUCUAUAAAAUCUCCUACUUGUACUACAGUCUCAUUGCUCUGGUAGUCACACUGGUGAUCUCAUCGUUAGUCAGCUUAGCGACUGGUUGUAAUAAAGACCAUGUUUUAGAUCGGCGGUUAUUUCAUCGGUGGUGUGGAAGAAGGAGAGAAGAAGAACCAGAGGGGAGCUUCCAUGACCUAGUGGUAACUGGUGCUGGCAUUAAGUGUUGGAGGUUUCGCUUCCCGACUAACAUGUCCAAGAAUCCAUCGUUGUUUGAGGAUACGCCUUCAUGUUCAUCACGUAUUGGUCUAACCACACACUGUGUCAACCAGAACUAUAGAAAACCAAUCAAUUCAAACGGGAACUCGUUACGUGGCCAGAGAGUGACCGCCAAUGGCAGUGUCGAUAGGUCAGAAAAUGGGACGGUAUUUUUCUAUGAAAAAGUGACAACGUUAUGAUAAGGAUUACCGUCCAUGUUCCAUUCAGUGCUGGCUCUUGGAUUAAGAGGAAUAUUUGUGAUCUUGCACCCUGGGAGUACGAAGGUCGUUGACCAACUUCUCGAAGGAGAGUGCUUAUCACCUGGGUGGAUUUUACUGACUGUUUCAGACUGUGAACAUCCAUAUGGAUCCCCAGCUUUUCAGCUUCAUGAGUUCAUUUACGAAGCUGUAGUUUGACAUGAAUUGGGAGUAGAAGUAAGCAUGUUCAGAGACCUGUCUUCAUCUUGAUUGAGCAAUCUAGUCUCAUGCUUUGUAUGAUCAUCUCAUUAUAGUCUUUUCUACUAGUGCUGUGUCACUUCUGUAGGCAGGGUACAGCCUUGUGCCGAGUUUUAUCACUACAGUCGAUUUACAUCCAAAUUAUCUGUAUAGAUCGCUGCCUUAAUAGGAUAUUGGUGAGUUGUACAACAUGUCUAACAUGGAUUUUCUAUCAGAUUUUCUAUUUCAUGUUUUCUGUGUUUCAUAGUAUUGUUUGAUAGGCCUAUACUGCGCUCAAAUGUUGAAGUGAAUGAGUGACCCUCUGCCGCCAUUGUAUUUUGAUUCAGAUCAGAUGGGGUCUUAGAGCAAACUUGUCAUGGAUGCAGGAUAGCACCUGGAGUAUACUAGUGGAGAAAAUCAUCUAAGUCAUUCCUCAGAUGCUUGGGGAAGAGGUGCACUAAAUGUGGUCAUCUAACACUUCUGUUGGGCACAGUAUUUUGACAUCAACCCAUAAUCACAGCAGUUGCAUUAUUGUAAAAUGAUGUCACCACACCUGGAUAAUGUUCACCUGUAAAUAAGUGUGAUAUUUGGUGCUUUAUAUGUGUUGCCAUUCCAUGUUAGAGGCUGGCCCUUGGUGAACAUUGGCAGGAAUGGCAAGGGGCAGAAAUGGUACAUGUAGAUAUCGUAUGGGCCAUUUCCCACUUUCGUCAAGCAGGACUUGGGACCUAAUGACCAAUCAUAAGACACCCACUAUACUUGUUUGGAAUGCAUGGGCCUUGGGGCUUAUGGGGCGUCUCCCCAGAAAUCAGUUUGGGUCCAGAAGGGGAACCAAGUAGUGAAUCUCCAAUCUUGAGGUCGACUCUUUUCCACAUUGCUACCACUGCCCUGGUGGUCAGACCAACAACGUUGUCAUCUACACCUUCUAUAUAGAGCAGUUUGAUAGCAGGUUUUUAAUGCUUUUGUAAUGUUUGUAGUACACUGUUUAUAUGCACCUUUUGCAGUUUUUAGCUCAGCUGAAAAGCUGAGCUAUUCAUAUGAGUAAAUGGUAGAAUGAGUGUCCGUCUGUCUGUCUGUCUGUCUGUCUGUCUGUCUGUCUGUCUGUCUGUCUGUCUGUCUGUCUGUCUGUCCGUUAAACAGGCACGUUUCAAAACUAUGGCAGAUAGGCGAUAGAUUUUCCCUCUGAGGCGUUGAGACCCUUCAGGACUCCUGAAUAGACCAAAUGUGGGUCCGGCAGGAUGAGCGGUUUGGCCACUAGGUGGCACCGAGCGAAAUUUUCCAAAAACUUUUCCAGCAGCUGAUUUCUCAGUUGGGGAUCAUGAAUCAAAUCUAAUUUUAUAGAGCAAAGCUUUCUCUUUCAUUAUCAAUAGGCGUAGUUCAUGAAUUUCUCACCAGGUGGUGUUACUGGCGCAAUUUAGUGAGCACCCUCCAAAAGAGC